AUAUAUGAUACCUAGGUGCCUGGAGCCCGUUGUUCAUUAGCAGGAAGUGUCAAAGACAACUGAAGGAUAGCUGAGGCAGAAGCAGCAGCUCUCAUCCUGGUGUUGAGUCGUUUCAGUCAGCAGCAUGGCACAUGCUCAAGAAUCUCAGCUCCAAAUCAGAGGAAAAGAGUGAACUUUAUUGUGCUAAACUACGGCGAUUUUUCGAAAAAGGUAUUCCGGAUCAGGAAUCCGGGGAUGAUGACAGCCGUGAUGGACCGAAGGCCGCCACGCGCCGGUCGAUGAGAGGCAGCGUCCGAUGGUGGAUGACGGUGGUGGCGGACAUGCUGAUGGUGCUCUGCGGGCAGACCGUGGCCACCCUCCUCGGCCGCCUGUACUACAACUCCGGCGGCAACAGCAAGUGGAUGGCCACGCUCACGCAGUCCGGCGGCGCGCCGCUUCUGGUCAUCCCGCUCCUCCUGACGCCGCCGCCGUCGGCGGAGGAAAACCAGCCGGCCCCAUCCAAGAUGGUGGCCAUCUACAUGGGCAUUGGGGUCAUGGUCGGCUUCGACAACCUCAUGUACUCGUACGCCCUGCAGUAUCUGCCAGUGUCCACCUUCUCGCUCGUGGCCGCGACGCAGCUGGCCUUCAACGCCGUCACCUCGCGCCUCAUCAACGCGCAGCGGUUCACGGCGCUGAUCGCAAACUCCGUCGUCGUGCUCACCUUCUCCGCCGCGCUGCUCGGCGUGGGGUCCUCCUCCGACGAGACCUCCAGCAACGUGCCGCGCGGCAAGUACCCAGUCGGCUUCGUCCUCACGCUGGCCGCCUCGGCCGUCUUCGCGCUCAUCUUGUCCCUCUUCGAGGUCUCCUUUGAGAAGGUGAUCAAGGCGCGGACGCUGCGGUGGGUGCUGAAGAUGCAGCUAUACACGAGCCUGGUGGCGUCGGCGGUGUCCGUGGCGGGGCUGUUCGCGUCGUGGGAUUGGCGGACGAUCCCGGGCGAGAUGGCGUCGUUCAAGAACGGGAGGGCGAGGUACGUGCUGACGUUGGUGGGCACGGCGGUGUCGUGGCAGGCGGCGGCGGUGGGGGCGGUGCGGCUGAUCGCGAGGGUGUCGUCGCUGUUCGCGAACGUGACGGGCACGCUGGCGCUGCCGCUGGUGCCGGUGUUCGCGGUCGCGCUGUUCGGGGACAGGAUGACGGGCAUCAAGGCCGUGGCCAUUCUCAUGGCCGUGUGGGGGUUCCUCUCGUACGUGUACCAGCACUACGUCGACGGCCGGCGCGGAAAGGCCGUGUGCCGCGCCUGCGCCGCGCGCACUGGAAGCGACGCGGUUUUGCCCGCUUGAGACUUGGUCGUGCCGAGCCUGCUAGCUACCCCAUAGUACUCGUUUUUUUGUUAAUGCAGUCGCAUAUAAAUGCCUUGGCCCUUGGCCAGUUGGUCUUGCUC